GCAUGUCCUAGUAGCAUCUACCAUCUUCAAGAGCAUUCUAGUAGCUACAUGAGCUUGACUGCCCAGCACAGCUUUAGAUGACUAAUGGUGCUACUAUGAUAUUUCAUAUAUAACCGUUUCGCCACCUGGUUAGCUUCGAUAAACACUCACUCCAUUUACUCACGCAAUAAUUCACUAAGUAUCAUCAUCAUCAUCUCCACCAAACCUCAUCAUGCCAUUGACAGUGAUUGUCUUCCUCCAACGCAAGGUUGGAGUCACUCCACAGGACUUCAAAAACCACUACGAGAACCACAUGCUUCUCGCCAAAGAGAUAGCCGGCAGCACAUUCCCCACCCUCCACAAACGCCUCUACCUGACACGCACCCCGCAGGAUCGCGCCUCCUCGGACCCAUCCAACGCCAAUCACCUCCCCACCGUGUUCGCAGGCCAACCCGCCGACUUCUCUUGGGAUGUCUUGGUGGAAAUGGUGUUCAACAACAUGGAGCACUUCCAAGCCUUCCAGGCUGCGCUGGCUGCGCAGGGCGAGCGUAUCGCCAAUGACGAACAGAACUUCCUCGACCAGAGUCGGAUGUAUGUGGCGCAGGUUGAUGAUUCGUUGGAGACCAGAUCCUGAUGAUGGGUUUCGUUGUGGCCGGGAGAGCCCGGGGGGUGGGGGGGGAAUUCAAUUGAAAUUCGUCGGUGCUGGUCAGUUUGUGAGGUAAUCUGUGCUUUAUUCUGACGAUGGUGAACACUUGGCAAGGGUAUCUGAUAAGUUACGAAGAAUACUGCUGAUGCUAGAAGUGAAAUCGAAGGGCUGUGGAGUCACUUGUUUUGGUUCUGGAUUAUAUAGGAUGAUCAUUCUUUCAUUACUAAUACUCUCGCCUUCCUUUUCAAACCAUUCUGUUACUCAAUAUCUCCUUCAGAAGAGGUCUACUUGUUACGACAUAUUAAUGAGUAGUGGAAAGUGGCACCUCUACUACUCUAGCAACAUGAAUACAAAGUCGGCUUCUAUAGAAU